ACAGCCCGGCGGGGAAGCGAAACCCAGGUCACCCGGGGGCAGGAAAGGGGAACCGGCGCUUUCCUGAACAGCGAGCGCCGCAGCUGCCGCCCGGCCUCGCGGUUUCGAAUGCCUAAGUCAAAGGAACUUGUGUCUUCAAGCUCAUCUGCAAGUGAUUCAGAUAGUGAAGUUGACAAAAAGGCAAAGCGGAAAAAGCAAGCAGCUCCAGAAAAGCCUGUAAAGAAACAGAAGACUGGUGAAAGUUCAAAAGGUGCAGCUUCUUCUAAGCAAAGCAGUAACAGAGACGAGAAUAUGUUUCAGAUUGGCAAAAUGAGGUAUGUCAGUGUUCGUGACUUUAAAGGGAAAGUCUUAAUUGAUAUUAGAGAAUAUUGGAUGGAUCAAGAAGGUGAAAUGAAGCCUGGCAGAAAAGGUAUUUCUUUAAAUCCAGAACAAUGGAACCAGCUGAAGGAACAGAUUUCUGAUAUUGAUGAUGCAGUAAGAAAACUGUAAAGACAGAGCCAUACAGAAACUUUUAUCAUUUUAGUUGUUUUAAGCGGUCUUUUUACAUUGGCUUUUGUUUUCUAAAAUAUUGUUUUCCAAGCUAUUGUAUAUUUGGAUUGCAAAACGAUUUGUAAGAUGAAUACUUUUUUUAUGUGCAUUAAAAGUGUAUUCUGAGUGAGGCUAUUUGUGUAUACUUUACUAAAAGAAAAUGUGUUGCUUUCACUUCAUGGUGUAAAAUAAACAAAUCAAGUACUAUGUAAA